AUGGCUACAGCAGAUUGGCCGCAUGAGUAUAGCAUGAGCACUAUGCUACUCCAUAUCCAGCAUGAUGUAGUAGUUCUCCGAUCUGGAGUGUAUGGCUUUGGUGGCACCUUUUUCAUCGCCGGUCACCCCUUCGCCACCAACUUGACUCGCAAAAUCGCAUUUUCUACAUGCACGGCCACGACGAGCACAGCAAAACCUGAGCAGCUGCUUCAGACUCAUCUCUUUUUCAAGAGCCGUAUUCACUCGGAUGUGCCUCAUUCGGCCUUCCCCUCGCCUGCUGCGAUGGCUUGGGCACAAGGGAGCUGCCGUGGCAGGGACUUCUACACCCUCUUUCUUCCCCGCAACACCACUAUGACGCCUCUGUGA